AUGUCGUUCGUCACAUGGGAGCAACUUGAAAAAACACGUACAUGGAUUCGAGCUUUUUAUGAAGCAUGUGAUUCAUUUAAUAUUCAACAUUGGAUUAAUGAAUUUUUCGAAUCAGAUGCAAUCGUACAGGUUGCUAAUUCACCAAUCAUUACUGGACAUCAAGAUAUUAUUAAUUAUUUUGAACAACAAUAUUCUCAUCUCUCAUAUAUGAAACAUACUAUUAAACGUAUGGAUGUUCUAUCUGAACGAAUUUAUGUACAUGUUGAAACUAUAUUUAUUAUUGAAAAUGAUCCUGAACAAAGACCAAUAAUUCUAAAAGGUCUUGUUAUUAUUGGAAAAAAAAUUGAUGAUACAAAAUUAACUUUUCUUAAUAGUUAUGUAGGUCCUGCUCCAUUUUUAAAUAGAAUUCAAAUGUAUAUUGAAUCUAAUAAACAAGUUGCAAAAGUUAAAGCAGUACCUUCCGAUGAACAUGCAGAUCAAUUCAGAAUUACAUUCUCACAAAUAGCAGAGAAAUAUGUAGGAAGUGAUUCAUGUAUUGUUGAACCAGAUAGAAAAAAUCACUAUUCUAUUUAUCCAAGAUAUCCUCAAGCAAAUAAACCUACUCCUUACUUUGAAUUAUCUUAUCAAAAUAUUAAUAAUGAAUAUCAUUAUAGACUUACUAUUAACAAUAGAUUAUAUCAACUGGAAAGUGGUGAUUUAAAUCAUCGUCAUUUAACUAUUAUUGAUAAUAUCCACUCAAAUACAGAUGGACAAAAUCAACUUAAUCGUCCAGAAACAUUUUGUCAAGUGAAUGAUUACUUUUCAAAAUUAAAUAAAAUAUAUCAUGUCAAUAUUGAGGUCGAACAAUGGCCAUUAGGUUAUCUUGCCGUAAUUAUUUUACUUCAUCUUCAUGAAUCACAACGAAAUGUGGAUUAA